AUGGAGAUCCUCGGGUGCCGCGGGAGCAGCUACGGUCUUCCCUCGCGGAAGAAAGCCAGGCUUCUGGCGUACCUUCCUUCCUUCCCGGUGGCGGUGGAGGCGGCAGCGGCGCCCACAUCCGUCACCCGCGAAACCAAGAAGGAUCUCUUCGAGACCCUACCAGACGAGUGCAUCCAGCAUAUCUUCACCUUUCUUCCCUCCCCCCGCGACCGCUGCUCCUGUGCCGCCGUCUCCCGUCGGUGGCUCCACCUCCAGGCCCACAUGAAGUCCUCAGACUUUCCACCCGCCGCCACCGCCCCCACCGCCCCAUCCUUCAUCCUCGCCGACGAAGACGAUGACAAGGUCAACGACGCCCGGUUGGCCUCCCUUGCUGUAGGGGCAGCAGCAAGGGGAGCUCUCACCGAGCUGGUCAUCAGGGACGACGCCCUCCAGCCGCCUUCCGGCUCUUCGCUGCUCGCCAUCACCGACAUGGGACUGAAGGUGGUCUCCCAGGCCUGCGCUGAGCUGCGGCGGCUCACCCUCUGGGAGUGCCACAAGGUGGGGAGGGAAGGGCUCGCCACCAUUGCCGGCGCAUGCCCCAAACUCGAGGAGCUCCACAUCUCCCGCUCCUCCCUGGUGGACGACGGCGCCCUCAUCCCAUUCGCCGUCAACUGUCCCAAGCUCUCGCUCCUCAGCCUGGACAGGUGCCCCAUGGUCGGCGACAGGGCCCUCCAAGCUUUCUCCCGGUGCUCCUCCAACCUGGAGACUCUCUCUCUAAGCCGCUGCCCGUUGGUGACCGACGCGGGCCUCGCCGCCAUCUUCUCCUCUCUGCCCAAGCUCGCCAAGAUCACCAUUUCUCACAUGAGCGCUGGCGACGGUGCGCUGGCGGCGGUGGGAGCAAGCAGCGGCGGCAACUCUCCCAAGCACGUUGCCAUCUGUGGAUGCGGAGCUUUCACCGACCGCGGGCUCGCGCGACUGAGCAACGCCGCCGGCAAGCUGGAGACCCUGCGGCUGGAGAAGUGCCAUGCGGUGACCACCGAGGGCCUGGUAAUGGCUCUCAAGAACUGGUCGACGACUCUGAAAUCUCUCUCCCUCGUCAAGUGCGACGGCGUCGGCAACCUCCCGGAGGGGAAGGAGACCACUGCCGCCGCCCUCCUCCGCAAGCUGCAAACCCUCGAGAUCAACAAGUGCCCCCGCGCCGGCGACGAGUUCCUGCGUCUGUUGGCGGCGGCGAUGCCGCGGCUCAAACGGAUAACUCUGGCGGCCAUGGACGCCGUCUCCGACAGAGGGUUCAUAUCCCUGCUGGCCUCUCUGGAGCGGCCCCAUGCCGUGUCCAGCGUGGACUUGAGCGGCUCCAAAGGGAUCACCGACCGGAGCGUGGCGGCGCUAGCGAGCGCCGCCGGGCGGUCGCUCUCGUCUCUCUCCCUAGAGGGCUGCGAGCGGGUGACAGACCGUAGCUUAGCCUUUGUGGGGCUUCUCUGCCCGCGGCUGCUCGAGCUGGACCUCACCAACUGCCGGCAGAUCAGCGACAGCGGGGUGGCGGCGCUGGCGAGACGCGCCUGCGUCGGCGGCGGAACCGAGAAGAACGGGCUGGAGAUGCUCUCGCUCGAGGGCUGCGAGGGGGUCACCGACGAGAGCUUGCUGAUGCUGGAGGAGAUGGCGGAUGAGGGGAAACUGGUGAGCCUCAACCUCAAGCGCUGCCGCCGCCUGAGCCCCGCCGGCGUCGACGCCAUUCACCAGCAUCUCUGGUGGUGCGACCUCAUCUACUGA